UUGUUUGGACUGGAGAAGGGAGGCGGCGGGCGACGCGCGCGUCGAGCGGGGGAGCGGCGCUGCCUGUGGAGAUCCGCGGAGGCCGACCGGAUUCGUUGGCUGCCGUCCCCGCUGCCGUGCACUGGAUCUUAUUUAUUCACGAGAGAGACAGAGAGAGGCAGAGCAGGCUCCAUGCAAGGAGCCCCUCGUGGUACUCUAUCCUGGGACUGCGGGAUCACGCCCCAAGCUGAAGGCAGACACGCUCAACCGCUGAGCCACCUAGGUGUCCUUCCAGUUGUGUGAUUUGUCAAGUCAUAAUCUGCUUUGUGUUCUCAGACAUCACUCAAGCAAAUCAGGUUAAAAACGACAACUAACGCCAACCAUGAAAGAUCCAAGUCGCAGCAGUACCAGCCCAAGCAUCAUCAAUGAAGAUGUGAUUAUUAAUGGUCAUUCUCAUGAAGAUGACAAUCCAUUUGCAGAGUACAUGUGGAUGGAAAAUGAAGAAGAAUUCAACAGACAAAUAGAAGAGGAGUUAUGGGAAGAAGAAUUUAUUGAACGCUGUUUCCAAGAAAUGCUGGAAGAAGAAGAAGAACAUGAGUGGUUUAUUCCAGCUCGAGAUCUCCCACAAACUAUGGACCAAAUCCAAGACCAAUUUAAUGACCUUGUUAUCAAUGAUGGCUCUUCUCUGGAAGAUCUUGUGGUCAAGAGCAAUCUGAAUCCAAAUGCAAAGGAGUUUGUUCCUGGGGUGAAGUACUAAAAUAUUUGAGUAGACGGGGCCCUCUUUUGGUGGAUGUAGCACAAUUUCCACACUGUGAAGGCAGUAUUAGAAGACUUAAUUGUAAAAGCUCUCUCUUGUCACUGUGUUACACUUAUGCAUUGCCAAAGUUUUGUUAGUCUUGCAUGCUUAAUAAAAGUGCUGAGACUGUUAUUAAGUAAUAAGCUGUCAAACAUUUACUGAAAGUAGAAUUGGCCCCAUGGCUUGAUGUGAAGACAGCGAGGAAAGAAGCACCAGUCAAGUUGUGACAAAGCCCAAAUUAAAAUGACCUCUAAAUCUUAGUGAAUUGUCUUUUUUUGAGGAUAAACUAGUCCCUUAGGGUUAGCAAAAACUUGUUAAUAAUGUCUAAACCUUUUUUAAAUGAGUACAUUUAAAUUAAGUUUUAGUUAGGCAUAUUUCUCAGUUUAGACUUAAAUUUGCAUUUGUAACUAUCAAAAACAAUCUCCUUUUUCUGAAGAAGGCCUUGUUAGUUAAUUUGAAAUAAUUCAGUAUAGACGAGUAUGUCUGGUUACUGAGGUUAUAAGGUAGUAAUGAGAUGAGAACUAGUCCUGGCUUCAAUGGUAUAUAAUCACAUAAGACAUAGUGAAUUCUUCUAGUGUUACAACUGAGGAAGUAUGUAAUUUGAGAAUUGCAUCUUCUAAGCAGUCACUGCAUCAUAGCUAUGCCUUUGUGAAGUGUAACAUUUGACCCACCACAAUCCAACCGAACAAAGUAAUGGUAACAUGAUUUGAGUGGUGCUUUUCCUUGCUUUGUUAACCAUCACUACAAUAGUCUACAGCACAACUUUUCUUUUAACAAAGCUAGAACAGUUUUGGCUUCUUAAACUUCAUACUUGAGUAGGUUAAGCUGCCAUACGUGUUCAGUGUGAAUAGUGUUUAAGUUGAAAAUAUUGUAAAAAAAUUAUAUUUUUUCAAAAAUAUUUAAAAAAAUAAAUAAUAGUAGAACUCA